AUGGGUACUUUUACUACUGCUGCCGCGGCUGAUCAUAUCUCAGAGUUUGCCGUGAACGGCAGCACCAUCCCCGAUGUCCAGUUCGAUGUCGGCGAGUCGUACGCGGGCCUUUUGCCAAUCAGCAACAACACGGAAGAAAAGAGCAGCCUCUUCUACUGGUUCUUCCCCACGGCCAACCCAGAGCAUCAAACAAAGGAGGAAAUCACCAUCUGGCUUAAUGGCGGCCCCGGCUGCUCGUCUCUUCUCGGCCUCCUCAAGGAAAACGGCCCCUUCCUGUGGCAAUCUGGCACGCCCGGCCCCCAGCCCAACCCCUGGAGCUGGCACCUGCUCACUAACGUCAUCUAUGUCGAGCAGCCUGUCGGCGUCGGCUUUACCAAAGGCACACCGAGCAUCACCAAUGAAGACGAGCUGGCCGCCCAGUUCAUGGGCUUCUGGCGCAAUUUUGUCGACCUCUUUGGCUUGCACGGCUGGAAGGUAUACAUCGUGGCCGAGUCAUACGGCGGUUUCUACGGCCCCUACAUUGCGAGCAACUUUAUCGAUGCCAACGACGCCGACCACUUCAACGUGGCAGGCCUCAUGGUCUACGACGGCAUCUUUUUCGAUGACAACCUGCAGAUGAGCGUCCCGGCACAGUCGUACAUCAACCGCUACAAGGAGCUGUUUGCCUUGGACGAUGUCGUCAAGGCCCGCGUGGACAGCGUCGCCAACGAGUGCGGCUUUACAUACUAUUACAACCAGUAUCUCAUGUUUCCUCCUGCUGGGCCGCAACCCUAUCUCACCCCUGGACUGGACCUGCUGCCCGAUGGCACUGUCGUCGUCAACGAAACGUGUUACGACUUGUGGGAUUACAUCACAGACGAGGUGUACGUCAAGAACCCUUGCUUCAACAUCUACAGCAUCACCGACCACUGCCCCACGCCCUUCAACCCCCUUGGGUAUAUGCCGUACUUCAACCGCGACGACGUGAAGAAGGCCAUCAAUGCCCCCGAUGGCGUAACCUGGAACCUGUGCAACAACAACGUGUUCAAUACGACUGAUGGCCAUGAUACUUCUCCUCCAUCAGGCCUGAAACAACUCCCGUAUGUCAUCGACAAGACACAGAAUGUCAUUCUCGCCCAGGGCUCCCUCGACUGGAUCCUCGUCACUGAAGGCGUCCUCUUGGGCAUCCAAAACAUGACUUGGGGUGGGGAGAUGGGCUUUCAGAGCCAGCCUCAGGAUCCCUUCUACGUGCCUCUGUACGGCUUCUAUCCCUACGAUAUCGGCUACUGGGGCCACAACCUGCCCUCGGGAUCGGGAGUCCAAGGGACGGUGCAUACGGAGCGGGGACUCACGCUUGUGGCAAUGCAGCUGGCGGGCCAUGAAGGGCCGCAAUAUCUUGGCGCAGCCGCGUUUCGACAGCUCGAGAAGCUGCUGGGGAGGGUGCAGGCUUUGAACGGCACGGAGCCGUUUACGCUGCCUGCGUUGCGGAGCAUCCCACAGCUGCAAGAACCUCUGGGAAAGGGGAUUGUGACCAUUUUCUAG